AUGUCACGAACAACAAUAUUCUUGAUGUCUUCUAUGAUUAUUCUUGUCGCUAUGAGCGUCAGUCAUGCUUGGAACUUUGGCAACAUGAACCAAGUUGCACAAUCUUUUCUUCAACGACAUGGAAUGCAAACAUCAGGCAAUGAUAAUGGUGCUCAAGGAAGAUUUGCCAUAGCAUCUUGUGCCAGUGCUGCGUCUACUGGUAACUACAUGGCAUGUGUCGGUCAAUUGGCUCAUAAAAUUUGGACCUUACAUAGUUGGAGCGAAGAUACACCUAUCACACUUUGUGGUAUGCAAUGUGUUGGCAAUCUUAAAGGGCGUAUUUCGAAGUUCAAAUGGAAAUGGGAUGCCAAGUUUCGAUGUGAUAGUAAAGCACCAGGUAUCGAAGGACGUGAUACAAAACAAAGUCGAAAUGGGGCCAUGGAAUGGGCUAUCCAAGACUUUCUCACCAAGGCAUUUUCAUCGGGUAGUAUUUCUGUUCAAGAUUUUCAAUGUUAA